GUAAAAAGUUAAUAAAUUUUUUAAUAGUAUUUAAUAAACUGUAAUAAAUUUUUCACAGCUGAUUUUGUAUUUCAGAAUAUUAAGUCAUGAACUUUAAUAUCAAGUUCAUUAUUUAUUGAUAAAUUAACCAACCAAGUUUUUGUUUACAUUUAGAUAAAAUUUAUUUAUAAUAAAAAAGCCCCCAAACAAAGAAAAAGUGUGUGUAUUAUUAAAUAAAAAAAAAGGGGGAAAUUGUAAAAUACAAUUGAUUAAAAUCUAAAAAUAAUUGUUUUAUUAAAAUUAAAAAGAUAAACAAAUUACAAUGUCGAUGGAAAGCCUCUCGAUGAAACAACCUAUUAAGAGACUAGAAAUACCAAUAAGUAAAUUUAAUGAUGUUGCUAUACCACAUCAUCUUGAUCUUCUCAGAAGACACAAAAAUAACAUAAAGAAGUUUCAGGCAGCAAGAGACUGGGACAAGGUCCAACGUGAACAAAUAAAUGCAUCUAGACUUGUCAAACAAUUGGAGCAAUUACUGCAUGAAAUGGACACAUUGAGAGGUCAAGUUGAGCACUCUGAUAUUGAAAAAUUUGACCAAUUGACAAUAAAAUCAAGAAACAGUACAAUCAGUGCAAUCAAAGAGUAUUUAGAAAUUCAAUUUGAUCCACCAAAAAAAAUUGUUAAACCGACAAUUGAAGAUGAGGAAGAGCUUGAUCCUAUAGAUCAACGUUUUUUACAAUUGCAGGAUCAAGAUGAAGAUGUUAAAAGACAAGAGGCAUGUCUUCAUGCCUGGGAAUCACUACAAAAUGAUCUCCAACAAUUACAUCAACUCUUUAUUGAUUUUAACAAAAUAAUAUACGAACAAAAGGAACAUGUUGAUCGUGUUGAAAAUUCAGUUGAAGGAGCUCAAUUAAAUGUUCAAGAAGGAAAUAAAAGUCUUGAACAAGCAUCGAGAUAUAAAGUUGCAGCAUAUCCACUUGCUGCUGCUUUUAUUGGUAGCUGUCUUGGUGGACCAGUUGGUUUGUUAGCUGGUAUCAAACUCGGUGGAUUAACUGCCAUUGCUUGUGGUCUUUUAGGAUACACUGGUGGUACAUUAGUUAAAAAUAAACAACUUCAAAUAGUUAAUCAAAAAAGUGACCUUGAAAUAUCUAUGACAACUACAUCAAGUCCUAAUUCACGAAAUUUAAAUUCACAAAAUAGUACUAAUGAAUUGAAAAAAGAUAUUUGACAAUUUAAUAAUAGUAAUACAAAAAACGAUAAACAAUUUUGUCAAGUUGUAUAAAUAAAAUUUUGCAUAUUUUUCUAAAAUUAA